AUGGGUCGUUUUUUGAUGUGCUGCACAAUCAGUCUUUUUUUGACGGCCGUUUUAGUGGAUUCAACGUCCUCGGAGGACGACGAGGAGUCCUGCAGUGGUGCAUUCGACGUUUAUUUUGUUUUGGACAGGUCAGGCAGCGUGUCGGAACACUGGCAUGAGAUCUAUGACUUUGUGAGGCAGCUCACCAAUAAGUUUGUCAGUCCCAGGAUGAGAGUGUCCUACAUUGUAUUUUCAGCCCAAGCAGUUGUAAUCCUUCCAUUAACUGGAGACAGGUCCAAGAUAGAUGAGGGUUUGACGAAACUGAGUCAAAUCAACCCCGCUGGCGAAACGUAUAUGCACGAAGGCUUAAAAGCAGUGUCAGCGCAGAUGAAGACGCAAAAGACACCAUCUCGCAGCAUCAUCAUUGUUUUGACUGAUGGCAAGCUGGACGUUUACCCCUUCGAGCUCAGUGUACAGGAGGCUGACAAGGCCAGAGGUUUUGGAGCUCGAGUCUACUGCGUCGGGGUCAUGGACUUUGACCACAAGCAGCUCGCUGAAAUAGCAGACAGUAAGGAGCAAGUCUUCCCUGUGUUGAGUGGCUUCCAUGCUCUCAAAGAUGUCGUCAGCUCGAUCCUAAAGCAGUCCUGUUCUGAAAUCUUCACAGUAGAACCUUCCAGUGUUUGCGUCAAUGAAUCCUUUAAUGUGGUGCUGAGAGGAAGUGGCUUCAGUGGAUCAAAGAGGACAGACAAUGUUCUCUGCUUCCUCACAGUCGGAACAGAAACUUACCGCCAGAAGGCAUCACUGGUAGGAGAUGGUCAUCUGAUUUGUCCUCCCCCUGUGCUACUUCAUGAGGUUGGACAAACAGUUGAGGUGCUGGUCAGUUUGAACAACGGACAGUCUUACAUCUCUGCUCCCAUCACAAUCUACGCCACUAAAUGUUCAGAUGGGAUUUGGGUGUUGUGGCUGCUGUUGGCUCUUUUGCUGUUGCUGGUUCUUGGUCUACUUUGGUGGUUCUGGCCUCUGUGCUGCACUGUGGUGAUUCGAGACCCUCCGCCCUCUCGCCCGCCUCCCCCUCCCCCUCCUAUAUUUGAGCAAGAGGAAAUGUUGUCCCCAAAACACAAGUGGCCGACAGUUGAUGCGUCGUACUAUGGAGGAAGAGGUCCUGGUGGAAUCAAACGCAUGGAGGUACGCUGGGGGCAAAAAGGUUCCACAGAGGAAGGAUCAAGGCUGGAGAAAGCCAAGAAUGCCGUGGUCACCAUGCCAGAUGAAGUGGAAGAAGAGAUCAUACCUCGACCACCGCCAAGGCCUCCACCUGUUUACAACUCCCUACCAGAGCCCAAAUGGUACACUCCCAUCAAGGGGCGUUUUGAUGCAUUGAUGGCAUUGUUGAGGAGGCAGUACGAUAGAGUGGCAAUCAUGAGGCCAACAGCUCACGACAAGGGCCGCUGCAUCAAUUUCACAAGAGUUCACUGA